CGCAGAAUUUACCGUAUUAUUAUUAUAGUCAUCACAAAUAAAAGUUUGUUAAUAUUAUAAUAAAAAAAUCAGAAAAAGCGAAACUGAAAUAUCACACUCAAACCCUUCACACUCACAUUGCAAUUUUCUUUCUCCGCAUGCUCUUCCUCUUCGAUCGUUAAACAAUGAAGGGUUUUGGGUCAUACAACGAUUGGCCCUAUUACGCUGCUUCAUCAAAUUUAUCAGCUUCUGCUACACCUUUUAGCGUUAAUCAUCAAUAUUCAAAUCCAAUUAAAGAAUCUGAUUCUGUUUCUGGUGAUUCUUCUAAUCAAUUUGGGUAUUCAGAUGGAACAAAAUCACAACAAUAUUUCAAUUCAUCUGAUCCUUGGAAUUCCUAUUAUGGAUUUACUGCUUCGGACGCACCUUGUCGUUUUGAUUAUGGUAAGAAGCCUUAUGAGUUCGGGUUUUCUGGUAAAGGUAAUCAGAUUGGUGUUGGGAGUAGUAGUUUUGGUUCGAAUCAAGCAAGUUUUACUGGUUCUGCUUUUGAUGAAAGGUUGAAGAUGAAGUUAGGUUGUCAAGAUAUAACUGACAGUCAUGGUGAGGUUCCACAUAUGACUGGUUGGGAGAAACAUAGCUUGCCUAAAAGUGCGGAUCACAUAGAUGAGAAAUCUUGCUGGUGGAGAACUACCAAACCCAUGCCAGUUGAUUUUUCGCAUACAUCAGUUUUGCAAUCUCCUUUGUUGUCUCCAGAAACUCAUCAUGAGGCCCCUUUCAAACUAGCUGUGGAUUCAGGGAACCAUCACUUUUCAUAUAGUGGUGCAUAUGACAAACACUUGGGGAAGCAAGAUAAGCUAUUAAGAGUUGAUACGGUUUCUUCAGCACCUAUAACAGGAUCAGUUACAGAUUUAAACGUUGGCAUUUUUGUGCCAGAUGGAGACCUUAAACACAAUAAUUUCUAUGAUAUAAAGGAGGCUCACCCCAAGCCUAGUCUUGGGACUGCUGGUUACUUUGGUUUAGAUCAUCUCCGCAUGCAUCUAGAUAGAAGUGAACAUUCCUCAUCAAACAAUGCAAUGAUUCCAGACAUGAACGUUUCAGGGGAUGUUGUGGAUUAUCUGCAUAAAGCAAGGCAUGAAUUUCAAAAUCCUAAUCCAAAUCUCGGUCAUUUAAGCUUGAGACUCGAUGCUAUUCAGGGUGUCAAUUCUGUUGAUAAUGCUAUUCAGUGUGGUGGCGAUCCAUGUAAUCCUUCUGUAGACUCACCUUGCUGGAAGGGAGCUCCUAAUGCUCAUUUUUCUUAUUAUGGAUCUUCUGAGGCCUUACCUCCUGACCAUCUGCCCAAAAAUGAAAAGUACUUUGGUUCUGUUACUCAGGAGCCUCAGAAUUUUCUUCCUGAAAGUAAUGUCAAAAAGCCAUGGGACAGCAGCUUCCAAAUGCACAUUCCAAUUGUUGAUCAGGAAACAAGUUCAGCAGGUUCUCCCAGGAAAUUUUCAGAAACAAGGUUUGCAUUUGAAGAUUGCAAGUUAGAUGGUGCAGUGGGUGCUGGACCUUUUCAGUCAGAGCCAUGUUGUGAUUACGGGCUUCAACAUCAAUAUGAUACCAAACGGAAGGAAAAUAGUGUACCACCAACCAAGCCAAUUGAUGGUGAGUCUGGAUCUUCACAUGAUGAGCAUCAAGUUACAGAGGAAAACAAGUUGAUGUCUCAAAAACUAUAUACCUUAGGCAUAGGUGGUGUAGAUGCUGGAUGCAAUAAAAAUAUAUGCUCAAUGUCUGGUGCAUCUCAUAUUGAAGGACAUGCCUUGCCUUUGUCUUCCUCAGUGGGGGAUGCACCUGCUACACCUAAACAAUCAGCUGGGAAAGUAUCAACUGAGAAAUUGGAUGUCCAGAUGCUGGUUGGUACCAUGCAAAAUUUGUCACAAUUGCUUCUUAAUCAUUGUUCAACUGAUACCUCUGAACUGGAAGAACGAGAUUGCAACAUCCUUAGAAAUGUGAUCAGUAAUCUUAAUACGUGUGUUUUGAAGAAUGCUGAGCAAGUUAACCCAGAUCAAGAAUGUCUUUUCCAUCAGCCAGAAACUUCUAGAUGUGCUGUGGAAUCAUGUGAGCCUCAACAGGCUGCCCAGUUAACCAAGAUAGGAUCGGAGAGCUCAAUGGAUGAGCUUGAAAAUCUGCUUGCUCAAAAGAAAGAUCUGUGUUUUGGAUCCGGGACGCCACAUUGGAUGGCUUCGGCUUCCAUUUGCCCAAGCGGUGGGGCAGAAACGACAAAGGCAGAGAACAUGACUACAGAUGAUGAGCGUGAAAAUCUGCUUGCUCAAGCAGAUCUGCCAUAUUGGAUGCCUUCAGACUCCAUUGCCCCAAGCGGGAGUGCAAAAAUGACAAAGGCAGAGAACAUGACUAAGGCUAUAAAGAAUAUUCUUAGUGAGAAUUUUGAUGAUGAUGGAGCAACGGAGUCUCAGACUCUAUUGUAUAAAAAUCUAUGGCUCGAGGCUGAAGCUGCAAUAUGUUCUGUUUCUUUCAAAGCUCGCUAUAAUCAAAUGAAGAUUGAAAUGGAGAAACACUCUUACAAGCAAACAGACAUGGAGGAGCAAUCAAAAUCUGAGGUCAUUCCUAGUUUAAGAAGUCAAAAUUCUGCAAUCGAAGUGAACAAAUGUCCAAAUUCUGAUUCUUCUGCCCAGGAUUUGACUGGCUUACAUGCUAUAAAUCCAGAGGAACUCUCUCAGUUGAAAUUUUCUUCUGACAUGAACAGGCCUAAUUCACUGACACCCGAAGCAGAGGGUAGUCAAAGCUUGUAUAGUUUCAUCCGGAAUUAUGCUGUUUCUGGCACAAACAAGAAGGCGGCUGGAAACGACAAGGCUUCUGUUAUGGCCAGAUACAAUGUUAUUAAAUCCCGAGCUGAUCAGCCAUGCAUCAAUACUGAUGAUUUGGAGACACCAUCAAACAUAGCAGACAAGUUGGCGUCUAGAGAAAUAGAUAAUCAAAACCAGGUCAAUUUCUGUCAGGAUUUUCCCAUUCCUGGAAAAAACAAGGCUGACUAUGAGACAUCUGUUUUUGCCAGAUACAAUGUUAUUAAAUCCCGAGCCGAUCAGUCAUGCAUCAAUGCUAAUGAUUUGGAGACACCAUCAAACAUAGCAGACAAGUUGGCAUCUAGAGAAAUAGAUAAUCAAAACGAGGUUAAUUUCUGUCAGGAUUUUCCCAUUCCUGGAAAAAACAAGGCUGAUUAUGAGACAUCUGUUUUGGCUAGAUUUCAUAUUCUUAAAUCCCGGGCUGCUGAAGAUUCAAGCUCUGUAUCUUCAACAGAGAAACUGUUUGAAUUUUCUGGCAAAGGAAUCGAGGACACAAUAACUACAAAAGAUGCAUUAGAGGGUGAGAGUUUGGAUGCCAAUCUCAAUUCUUACACUGCUGUGGACAAAUCAAUUCCAAAGGAGAUUCAUCUGGAUUCGGAGGAUAUUGAAGAAGCUGAGCGCUGCAGAACCUACAAGUUUCAGCUUCCUAAUUAUCACUCUGAUGGCUUUGCAUCAGACUGGGAACAUGUAUAGAAGAGGAGCUUGUUGGGCAAGAAACUGCUAAGAGUUGGAUUAUAUGACUGAAUAAAUUUUCAUGCAUUAGUGUUCUUUAUUAUCUUUUAUCAGACAUAGAUACUGCAGAAUUUGAUCUUUAACUCUUACCAUGUUUUGUAUAUAACCCCGUCAGCAUUUCUUUUCUUUAUUAUCUACAUUGUGCGUACUUACUCAAUAUUGCUUGUGUAGUGUGACCAUCAUAAUAAACAAGCAUCGGGCUUAGAUUUGCAUGUUUUCUCUGAGAA